GUAAAAGAGGCAAAAGUAAACUGCCUGCUGCUUCUGUCUUCCUGAAGAAGUAUUAAAGUGGGAAUUUAGAAUCAUUGCGCUAUGAGAUGAAUUUAGUUGCUGGGAACAGAGCAAGUGCCAUAGAUGCUGGCAGCCAGAAUUUACUUAAUUGUGACAUCUGUGGAAGACAUUUUACACAAGAUGCACUGGCAAGACACGAGCCAAUAUGCAGGAAAGUCUUCCAAAAAAAGCGCAAGCCAUUCAAUUCCUUGAAACAACGACUUCAGGGAACUGACAUUCCAACCGUCAAGAGAAAGCCACCCCUAAAGAACCCACCAGAAAAAAAAUCUAACUGGAGACAGCAGCAUGAAAAUUUCAUUAAUACAAUCAGAGCAGCCAAACUUGCUACUAUAGCCAUGAAAGAAGGUCGCCCCUUGCCUCCACCCCCACCUCCAAACAUUAAUCCAGACUACAUUCAGUGUCCUUACUGCAUGAGAAGGUUUAAUGAGACUGCUGCAGAAAGACACAUCAAUUUCUGCAAAGAACAAGCAGCCAGGCGUGCCUUUGCUCCAGGCCAGAAAGGAACCAAAAUGCCCACUGGAAAACAAGCAACUUCCAAAAAAGAACCAACCUUAACAAGUGCUGUAGGAACACUGCUUCAGAACAGGUCACAGGAAAUCAGCAAUUCAAGUCACGCUGUAACAGGUCAUGCUGUAGAAAUAUCUGUUGGAACAAGACAUCAAAAAGCAGCUGGCUCUGGAAAAGAGACUGGAGUUUCAUCACAGGACAGAAGAUAAGGUGGAUUAUUUGACAGACCCCACUGCUUCUAAAUAUAGGCUUUAACAUUUUAACACCAUUGCAACUAGAGGAGCCCAGGAAAUAUUCAGUCUCCUGUCUCUCAUAUGAUGGAUCUAAGUAUGUGAUAAUAAAACAAACAAGAUCAUA